ACAUGUUUACAUUUUAACCCUGGUCACUUCAGCUUCGUAUUGGCAAUUUGCCAAGUAUAUUGAGACUUUAAUACAAGACGGUAUAUAGUUUUUUCCGAAUUGGUACAUAAUUAGUCAAGAUUAAAGUUGUUACAAAAGGACAUAACAUCUGUUAGGGAUAUAAUACGUCACAAAUACAUUUUCUUAAUUUACAGAUAACUUAUUUCAUGCUGCAUGUCACAAAAGGCACUCCAUGGGGCACUCUAGAACAAGGAAAAGCCCGGACGCAAACACAGUGGGAACAAAUUGACUGUUGAUAACAGUUUACAUCAACUAAGAAAUUAUUGACUAUCGUUCCCAUUGUAAUAUUUUUCCUGGCCAGUUUUUACACUAAAUAUGAUUCAACACACUUCUUCAUAAACCUGGCAGCCUUAGGUCUCAGUGUCAUACCCAAACUCUCCCAGCUUCACGGGGUACGGAUCUUCAAUAUCAACAAGUGGUGAAACGGAACACUGAUUCACUUCUCGGACUGGACUGGUGGGCGGGGGGAUACAGUAGCAUGUUGUUUUUUCAAGGGAGACAAUUUUGUCAACUGGUGAUGAUAUUCCUGGGAAGAGACAAUCACAGUAUAUUACAUGCUGAAGGAGCUGAGGAGACUUUUUAAAAUUUGUAUGUUUGAUUGUGUACAUUGUUUGUAGUUGACUGCAAGGUAGAUGCCAUUGUACUGAUAAGCCAUUAUGCUUGUUAUCAAUAAA